AUGCGGCGACCAGUUGCUCUCGUUCGUCUCGCAUUCUUUCUGCUCGUACUUGUCGGUCCAGCCGUCGCUCAUGAACACCAUGGCGAAUUGAGCGAGGAGCAAGCACAUGCACCAGUCGAUGCCAUCCUCUGGAUACAUAUCUUCCUGCAGGCAGCGAUCUGGGGUGUGCUAUUCCCAGUGGGCAUGGUGUUGGGGAUGACGCGGAGUCGUUGGCAUGUCCCGCUGCAGAGCGCAGGAUUUGCUCUCACUGCUGCUGGUUACGUGCUCGGCCAUUCGCAUGGUGGUCGUGCAUUCCUAGCAGGCGCUCAUGGAAUCAUGGCAAACAUCCUCUUCGUUCCCAUUGUUCUCCAACUAUUCCUUGGGAUCUAUUUGAAGCUCCACAUCCAUGAGGAGACCAUCCGGCCGUGGGCUGUGCGCUUGCAUGGCAUCGUAGGCAAGUCGUAUCCUGUUCUCGGAUGGACGCAGAUGCUGUUCGGCGCCAUCGCGUUCAGGGGAUACUGUCGUGGUGACAAUUUGGGGCAGUGUCUCGCUCACUAUCUCAUGGGAACUGGCUUUAUCGCGUAUGGUACCAUCAUGUCGAUUCUUCUCCUCGUCGGCGAGGCUUGGGUAAGGCGUAGUGGUCGUAGUCCAGAGUGGUGGGAUUCCUGGGUUAUUACGCUUUGGGGUAUCGUCAACACGUUCACUGAGCACCAUGGUCCUGUAUUUGCGGCGUGGUCUGUCAAAGACAUGCAACACACUAUUCUUGGUGUUCUCUGGUGGGCUGGAGGCGCACUUGGAAUCUUCUUGUCUCGUAACAACCAGCGCUCUGUGGUCCCUUCCGGCAUCAUCUUCCUCACGGGCUGGGCAAUGUCCGAGCAUGCCCAAGCACUCAUGCUUUCCACACAGGUCCAUGCCGUUUUCGGCUACACUCUGAUGCUCGCCGCUGUGACUCGCCUCAUCGAAGUGUGCUUCAUUGUUCCGAAGUUCUACCCUAUACCGUCUGUAGAAGUAUCCGAUGGAGACAGUCAUAGCGAGCACACACUCGCCGAUAACGGUAGAGAAGACGGGAAUGUGGGCUCCGGUAAAGUGGCGACUGUGAAGGCAUUUCGCCAUCUACCUCCGUUUUUGCUUGUAUCAGCUGGAUUAAUAUUUAUGUCCGCGACAGAUGAAGAGCUUGACUUCGUGCACGACGAAGGGAUGGAUCAUGUAACCUACAUCUUGAUUAUGUUCAGCGUGUCGUUCAUUCUGUAUACCUUGAUUAUUUCCCUUAUUAACCUCUUCGCCUCGAGCGGUCGCAACGGCUUCUCUGCCAUUGUUGUCGACAACGGCAUCGAGCUGGCCCCGACACCCACGACAAAGUGGUACUCUCGUGUCCCAGCUGCAGAACUUGACGGGCCUCCCCAUAUAAUCGGAGACGAUGAAGACGAAUAG